AUGGCUUUCUCUGAUAGGGGCUCGCUUCUUCAAGCUCCGCCCAACCUAUACAAGGUGCUGCUCGCUUUCUCUCAGCCACCAGUGGCUUAUGUAGUGGCAUUCCUACGUGCUCCUCUUUGCCCCCUACUUAAGAAUCCAAAGGUGACCUUUGGCUGUUGUCUUGACGCUUUGGUUACGAAAGUUUCAGGGAUGGGUUCAUUGAUUAGUACACCUCCGGUGCUGAUAAGGUCGGGACCGUGGUCGUCCGUCUCAGGUUUGCCGGCCGAUAAGAUCUCUGAGAUUGACCAGCCAGUUGGGUUGGUUUGGCUAUUCCUUUCUAUUGAAAAGAAGGAGUCAGCUGUCUGCGCGAGUCACCUUCUUCUAGGCUCCGCUGGACGACACGGCAUUCUCGUUUAA